GUGGACCCCGGAGGAGGCGCAGCAUGUCGGCCGUGGGCGCGGCCGCGCCGUACCUGGCGCACCCGGGCGAGGCGCACGGCGGCAGGGUGAGUUUCCUGGGGGCGCAGCUCCCUCCGGAGGUGGCCGCCCUGGCCCAGCUUCUGGGGGACCUGGACAGGGCCACCUUCCGGAAGUUGCUGAAGCUGGUGGUCAGCGGCCUGCUGGGAGAGGACUGCCGAGAGGCUGUCCAGCACCUGGCGGCCACCGGUGACCUGGAGCAGAAGCGCCUGAGAGCCCUGCUGGCGGGCACACACACUCUGCUCCAGCAGGCCCUGCGGCUUCCCCCCACCAGCCUGAAGCCCGAGGCCUUCAGGGAGCAACUGAAGGAGCUCAGCAUCCCCCAAGACAUGGCCACGGACUUGGCCAGUGUGGUGUUUGGGAGCCAGCGGCCCCUCCUCGACUCCUUGGCCCAGCAGCGGGGCUCUGGGCUGCCCCAUGUUGUUGGCCUUCGGUGGCGGGUGGAUGUGGCCAUCUCCACCAGCGCCCUGGCUCGCUCCCUGCAGCCCAGUGUCCUGAUGCAGCUGCAGCUGUCAGAUGGGUCAGCACAUCGCUUUGAGGUCUCCACGGCCAAAUUCCAGGAGCUACGGUACAGCGUGGCCCUGGUCCUGAAGGAGAUGGCCGAUCUGGAAAGGAAGUGUGAGCGCAGACUGCAGGACUGACCUAGGCCCAGCCUCAACCCGGCUACCUGAUGGCAGCGUGGCGCACCUGUCCAUCUCCCUGUUUAUAGCUGUUUCCCCUCAAUUUUGGAAGUAAAGACACCCUUGAAAAUGUUCUUUCC